AUGGCAACGAACAGUGACAGCAACGUGCAAGCAUUCAGGAACUUAGAAUCGCACAGGGUCAGCAUCAGCACGCAGAAAACCUACGCAUAUCGCAUAUUUGCAAUGAUACUUUUCUUCAAAUCCUUUCCAGCUUAUCAUUGCGCUUUGACUGAGUCUUUGGAUAAUUUGAAGGUACCACUUCCAUAUGAACCGCUUCUCGCUUUUUUCGGAUAUUUGUCUGGAAACGACCAGUUGGCCCGAGCAAGGAAGAGACCACGAGGUCAAACUGGCAACAAUGAUAGUAACGCAUCAAUAGCAUUGGAAGAAGCUUCAUCGUCUAUGCACAUCAACCAAGACAUCGGAGAGGAUGAUGGACAAGAGGAAGAUGAGGUUGCGGAGGUCCCGGAGGUCCCGGAGGUCCCGGAGGUCCCGGAGGUCCCGGAGAAUGGCGAAGGAUCUGCUUCUACAAAAGCAUCAGAGAAAGCAACCGUUGCGGUGUCCACCAUCCUUUGA